AUGGCAGCAUCAGGUGCUAGCAGCCCAGGCGAUAUGCGUAGAAGGCAUCAAUCUCCAAGGCCCAAAGGACGUGAGAAUACAAAGAACGUCCUCUGCAGAAACGUAACCAUCUAUGGUAGUUGCAGAGCCCAGAACAAUGGUUGUCCUUACAACCAUGAACUACCUUCAAAACCCAGUCAACAAGCAGAAAGCGCUAAACGUUUUCUGAGCGUUGAUUCUCCGUCGUUCAAACCUCUAUCGCCUGUCACGAACAAUGUGCAGCCCGCAAAGACUCUCGGCAUUUCUCCAAAAGCGGCUUCGGCAGCAGUGUUCACCCCAAAAUCAACAGCGGCAGUUCCUGUCGUAACAGCCAAGCAACCAUCAGCAGAAUGGUCCCAGCGUGGUAUACAAGAGUUCGUCCCUCAGAAUUUUGUGCCUCAGACUGAGAGUGGUUCUUCUGCCAACAACAUUUCUUCUUUCGAUCCAUUCACCAUGCAAGGAAAUUCCGAUGCUUCUCAUGCUCCGCAGAUCAACCCAUACGCUCAGGAUGCUUCCACCUUGGCUGCGAGUUCGAUGUUCUCAGCUGCUGCUGCUUUCGCUCAUCCACUCAGCUACCAUCUUUAUGCGCCAUUGGGGCCUCAUCGAGAGAAUUUGAUGGCUUACCAGCGGACGACUCACGACUUCUUCAUUCCCGAUCACUUACGUGAGGAGAUGCAACGCAAAUCUGAGGCAUCUCUCCAGACUUUCUCCAAUACAGCAUUACCUCAGCAAAUAGAGCACUUUCAUUCGCUAGUGGCUCUUGAUACUAACGCUCAGAAGUCCGCAUCAGCUUAUGGCUAUCCCAGCUGGGUGUAUAAAGCUACUUCGAGCAAGGAUGGAUACAACUAUGCUCUAAGACGUCUAGAAGGCUUCCGACUGACCGAUGAGAAUGCGAUCCGUACUAUUCAGACUUGGAAGCGUAUCAGUAACGGGAACGUCGUUACUGUUCAUGACGCUUUCACUACUAGAGCCUUCGGAGAUAGUUCUCUGAUUGUCGUCACCGACUACCAUCCGCUCUCGCAAACUCUAGCUGACAAGAUCUUCACUCCUACUGCCAGAAACCCGGGAGUCACUCUGGCGCGAUCCCCAGCGAUUUACGUGACUGAUCAUGAGUUAUGGGGUUACAUCGUCCAGCUAGCAUCUGCUAUCAAGGCCAUCCAUUCUAUAGGCCUUGCUGCUCGCCUCAUGAUCCCUCAGAAGAUUCUCAUCACAUCCAAGAAUCGACUGCGAUUGAACUCUUGCGGUAUCCUCGACAUCACCCAGUACGAGCAGGGCCGCAGCAUAUCAGAGCUUCAACAAGACGAUAUACUGCAAAUGGGUCGUUUGAUACUCUGUAUAGCCAACAAGAACCCCACGGCCCAUCACAACACUCAAAAAUCUCUGGAGCAUGUUGGCCGAGCAUACAGCGAAAAGAUGCGUGAAGUAGUCGCUUGGCUACUGACCCCAGCUGCGCCAACGACGCCAACACAAGCGCCAACAAGCUCACCAGGUUCUGCAGCAGCGACCACGUCUUCAGACCAUGAUAUCGACAGCUUCCUUUCGCUGAUCUCGUCACAAAUAACAUUGACCUUUGAUGCCAGUCUGCACGAGGCUGACUCGCUGACGAGCAACCUAUCUCGCGAGCUCGAGAAUGCGCGCCUUGUACGCCUGCUCACCAAGCUUAACAUGGUUCUUGAGCGGCCCGAGACGACUUUGUCAUCUAGCGCCGCGAACCCAAACCAAGCUGCUGCUCCUCAUACCCUCAACCAUACGUCAUCUGCCUGGUCCGAGACUGGAGAACGCUAUUAUCUCAAAUUGUUCCGUGACUUUGUGUUUCACCAGGUUGACGCAGAUGGUCGGCCUGUUCUUGAUCUUGGACACGUCUUGACAUGCUUGAACAAGAUGGACGCUGGUAUUGAAGAGAAAAUCAUGUUGGUCAGUAGAGACGAGCAGAAUUGUUUCGUCGUCAGCUACAGAGAAGUGAAGAGAGGGUUCGAGAGCGCUUGGACAGAGUUGAUGAAGGCUGGACAGAGUGGGAGAAGAUAG